AAAGUCCACGGCCGAACCGCCGCAUCGCGACGCCGACGCCGAUACCAAACGUCACGGUCAUGUUCUCGCUUGCUUGAAAUGCAGUUUUCGCGCGAACUAUCCCAAAAUGUACUGUUCUCUUUGCGUUGCCGUAAGUUUCUAGAGUGACGACCCCGUUGAAAAUGUGAUUGUGCGAGCCGAUCAGGAAGAACGUGCUCUAGCCAGUUAAAGUUUAGAAAUUUAUCGUUGUUUAUUGUUGUAACCAUGUGGAUUCUACUCUACUUUACGAUAUUAGGGACAUACACAGCAUUCGGUGCAGUUCAAACCGGUAGCGCAGUGCCCGGGAACUCAGUGAGUGACGCAGCAACCACCAGAGGACCUCAUUUCGACACAGCAGCAUCCAAAAACGUAACGGCCCUGCUGGGAAAAACAGCCUACUUGAAUUGCCGCGUCAAAAAUUUGGCCAACCGAACGAUGUCUCUACAGGUGUCCUGGGUUAGGCAUCGUGACGUCCAUCUACUUACCGUUGGACAUUACACGUACACAAGCGAUCAACGUUUUAGGGCCAUCCACCAACCACAUUCCGAGGACUGGACUUUACAGAUUAAGUAUCCACAACAUAGAGAUUCCGGAAUUUACGAAUGUCAAGUUUCCUCAACACCACAUCUUAGCCAUUUCAUCCAUCUAACUGUCAUAGAACCGGAUACGGAAAUUAUUGGUGGUCCAGAGUUAUUUAUCGAUCGUGGUAGUACCAUCAACUUAACUUGUGUUGUUAGACACAGUCCCGAACCGCCGGCCUACAUCUUUUGGAACCACAAUGAAGCGAUAAUCAGCUAUUCAAGUUCCAGGGGUGGCGUCAGUGUCGCCACUGAACGCGGUGAAACCAGUCGUAGUGUUCUUCUGAUACAGAAGGCCACCGCUUCUGAUUCAGGAAAUUACCAAUGUAAUCCUUCAAAUGCCAGGCCGGCCAAUGUUUCAGUUCACGUAUUAAAUGGUGAACAUCCCGAAGCGAUGCAACACGGUGGAAAUCAACGUAUGGGUUCUUCGGUAAACAUAUUCGCCCUCCUCACCAUCGUCUUGUACACAUACUGUUAAGUUUUAAGUCGUGCCCCAUUUCCCUUUUCAAAGAACGAGAAAAAAAAUAAAAAGUUUUCUUUAAAAAAGAGAAAACAUUAAAAAAAAUAAAUAAAUAAAAGUAACAGACGUGCAGUCGACGAUGUGAUUAACUUAGUUAUUUGCUGGUGUAUGUCGAAAAAAAAAAAGAAACAAAAACUUUAAGGCUAUCUGUACUGUAUUCGUAUAAGGAUAUCGAACGUUUGUAAAAAAAUCCUCCGAAAAAACGCGCAAAGAAAUACAUUCACCCUCAAAACCGUAUACAAAAUGAAAAUUUUAACAAAAAAAAAAUGGAAAAUUUAACGAUGAAAAAAAAAACAAAAAUCGUAGACGUAUAUUGUAAAUAUAAAUUUAUUAUAACCGUGGAGUAAAUGAUGAGAACAGAGAACGGGAUAUAACAAAAAAAUAUAUAGGUAGGUAUAAAUGGUAAGAGUUGUUGAUUUAUUUUCCUAUGUUCCACGACACGAUUCAAUGUAUAAAAUAAUUUCUGAAAACUGACACUGAUAAUUUUAAUAAUCAAUAAAAUUUUAAUCCUAA